AUGGUCUCCACGCUCAAUGGCGCCCCCUCUCUCCGGCCGCUCAACGCCGCAUCGACCACCACGAAGCUGAUGUCCGUGAUUCUGCUGGAAAAGUCAUUGGAGGAGCCCGACCGCAUUGUUGGUGAACUACUCCAACCGGGAGGUGUUCAGGCGCUCGAGCAACUAGGGCUACGAGAUUGUCUGGAAGAUAUCGAUGGCAUUGACGUGAAGGGAUACUGGGUUUCUUACCAUGGCGAGCCGGUUCUCCUCGAAUACCCCAAGUCUAGCCCAACCUCACCUACACCGUUGGGACGAGCCUUCCAUCAUGGUCGAUUCGUGAUGAAACUACGGGCAGCCGCUUUGUCCUGCCCCAAUGUCACAGUGGUCGAAACGAAGGUGACCGGCCUUGUCACAUCGUCACAUACCGAGGAAGUCCUUGGAGUCGAGUGUAUGACCAAGGACGUCAAGGAUUGUUACUUCGCCCAACUCACCGUGGCCGCCGACGGCUACAACUCCGAGUUCCGCAAGGAACACCACCAGUACGCGCCCAAACGGCGAUCAAAGUUCUAUGGCUUGGAACUCAUCGAUGCCAAACUCCCCGCACCCAACACUGGUCAUGUCCUCGUCAGCGAUCACCCACCCGUGCUCAUGUACCAGAUCGGCACCCACGAGACCCGAAUCCUUAUCGAUAUCCCCGAUAACUUCCCUCUGGCCUCGGUGAAGAAUGGUGGUGUCAAGGGUUAUAUGCGAAACAACAUCCUGCCCCAGCUCCCAGAGGGUGCGCAACAGUCGUUCUCCAAUGCGCUAGAGCAAGGCCAGCUACGGUCAAUGCCGAACUCGUUCCUGCCUGCUUCGGCCAACAAGACACCUGGUUUGGUGAUUCUAGGAGAUGCACUCAACAUGCGGCACCCUCUCACGGGUGGAGGCAUGACAGUGGCGUUCAACGAUGUCUGUCUCCUCCGCGAUUUGCUCAGCCCAGAGCGCGUGCCCACCCUCUCCAACACAGGCCUUGUUCUCGAACAGCUCGCGGAAUUCCACUGGAGGCGAAAGAAUUCUUCUUCAGUGAUCAAUAUCCUCGCACAAGCUCUCUAUGCGCUCUUCGCCGCAGACAGCGAAAGCCUUAGAGCUCUGCAGCGUGGCUGUUUCCGCUACUUCCAGAUUGGACCAGUUAGCGGCCCUAUUGGGCUGUUGGCCGGUCUGAUCAAGAAACCCCUUGUCCUCGUCAGCCACUUCUUCUCCGUCGCCUUCCUCUCCAUCUGGGUUCUUCUCUGUGAUACCCCUCUGACCCACCUUAUCCUAUUCCCAUACUACGCCUUCAUGAUAUUGUACACAGCCUCUAUCGUGCUUUUGCCAUACGUCUGGACCGAGAUCUGGUACUGA